GACAAAUGUACUUGCUGAUAACGUUCGUUGAUCAUACAUAGUACGGCGAUAUAAUAAUGCUUCGAACAAAGAAAAGAAGUGGUCCUUGCCACUAUGAACUGUUUAACGGAUAGUAUGUCAGUCACGGCAGAGGAUGGGUUCGGGGAAGCCUAAUGAGGCAAUGGUUGCUUCAUCAACAAUCAAGCGAUCAAAAACCCCUGGGACGAUAUGUUUCACUAGGGUUUUUGAGCAAAAGCGGUGGGCUGACCCCUUCACAUAAUUUCCUUUCUUUAUCUCUUUCACAUUCUGCUCAUACUCUUAACAUUAUGUCGUACCAACAACAACCAAGUGAAAUGCGUUCAGAUGUUAUGCCAGCACAACAGGCAGCACCUCAAUCCUAUGUUCCUGAGCAAAACGUUCGCAAUGUUCAACCACCUCAAAACGUGUUCGUGGUGCCAGUAGUACAACAGCAACCACCGACUCAGAACGAAGGAGCAGCUCUCCCACAAGCGCAAAUGCAGCAACAACAGCAACAACAGCAACAACAGCAGCCAGGCAUGAGCUCGGGCGUCUACGGGGGCAGUAGCAUGGGUUCCCGCGGAAGUCGUCCGGUAGCAGAUCAGAAUGCAUUCAUGGGCACAGACCUACAAGAGCGCCGCGCCUCGUGGAAUGAAUUGAAUCCCCGACAGCGGGCCAAGCAGCUCGAAGCCGAAAUGAAGGAUAAGCUCAAAUAUCGGAAGGAGCAGCAUAUUCCUGAACCUACCAAGCAGGUUACCCUUGGAGGAAAGGCUAUCGAUCUGCAGGAGGAGCAGUGAGGAGCAUGGCUGUGAAACAUAUUUUUCAUACAACAGAUACACUAAGUACGUCUUUAUAAUAAUAAUGAAUAUUUGCGUAAAUAAUAUAAACUAUGUCCGGCACAUUCUGAAAUGAUGGACGGCGCAAUGUGCUUACCCACCAAUGUGUGGUAGCAUUACUAGUUUCUUUUUAUCGACUGGUAUUUCUUCAUA